UGAAUCGAACCGGGAUCAUGGCAACCGGUUAUUCGGUUUGGUUUAAUUAAGUAGCCGGGCUCUUCUUCUUCUUCUUCUUCUUCGUUUUUCUUUCGCGGUCAACGGCAGAUUCCAAGCAGAAAAAAAUGGGAUCGUUUUGCAAGUUGAUCGAUGCCGCUCUCUUCUUAUUCUUCGCAGCCAUCGCGGUCGGCGUGCCGAUCUUCGACGGCCAAAUAACUCUCGGCGGCAUUUACCCGGCGUUCCUCGUGGAUCUGAAUCGGUGGUACAUUGUCGUAUUCGGCGACUACCUGUUUGAAGAGAAGCCGCAUUUCCUCGUCGGAAUUAUGUGGCACGAGCUCCUGUUUCUCUGGCCGCUCUCGAUCGUCAACGUCUACGCGUUUCUCACAGGGAAGUCGUGGUUCGGUACCACCUCCUUGCUGUACGGAGCUUCCCUCGUGACUUCUAUGUCUGCGAUAUUGGGAGAGAUGAUAGGUUCAGGGAGGGCAACAGAGACAUUGUUGAUGGUGUAUCUGCCUUUCAUGGGUUUUGGUGUUCUUGCUCUUCUUCGCGGUCUUCUUUCUCAAUCCAACAAAAGUGGUUCAUCUGUUGGCAAGAGACCAGUUAUUUUGUCCAGGAGGAAGCGUUCUUGAUCAUCAGGUUGAAGAUUCUUCUUCUCCUUUUGUCUCUAUGAAUUUCUGCUGGAUUCUUGUUAAAAGUACUCUGUUUCUGUUUUUUUGCAACAUUAUUGUUGUUUGAAAUGAAAUGAAGUUUUAAAUUUAACAACUCACACUUCACCAAACAAUGGCAAAUCACACAACCUAAAACCAGAUUAGCCAACAGACAAAACCUUUAGAAGGAAAACAGAGCCAUUAGAAGAAAAGGUGUGAGCUUUUGAUAAACCAAGCUUCAGAGACAAGACAGC